CCUACUUCUAUUUAUACGAUGCACAAACUGCAUUAUAUUCACAGGCGAACAUAUAAAGAGUGUGUUUAGCAUUGUAAUGACAUUUGUAUUGAUGUGUAAACUUGCAUAGCGACUCAGUACUUUUGAUCAAAGUCAUUCGCACUUCUUUCGACACAUAUUUGUAAUCAACGUGAGAAAUUGGUACAGAACUGCAUGCAGUACAUUAUUGGACGCACUCGUUACGUAGACUAAUAUAUUAUAGUGUGUACUUCAGUAUGCUUGCAGUACGUUAUUGGACGCACUCGUUACGUAGACUCAUAUUUUAUAGUGUGUACUUCAGUAUGCUUGCAUGAACGUACUGUUGACUUAGCAUAUUAGCUGAUCACACUCUUAAGUUGCAUUGGAAAUUACAUACAUGCGUAUAGAAUGAGCUCGUGUCUAUAAUAAGCCAAAAAUCCGAUAUUUGUAGCAAUGGCUGAGAAGGCCGAGGAAGAGAAAGCUCCAAGCACUUCAGAGAAUCUGACGUGUCCACUAUGUCUUGAUAUCUUCGACGAGGCAACCAUCCUGACUUCAUGCGGACACAGUUUCUGUCGCAAAUGUCUCAAAAACUAUGACCUGUCUCACCAGGAUCUCGAUCACAUGAUCUGUCCUCUCUGCAGGAAGAUCACCAAGUUGUCUGCGAACCGUGUCGAUGAUUUCCUCACCAAUGUGACUGUCAACGGACUGGUAGACAAUUACCACGCCAAGUGUGGAGGGAUGAACGCUCUCCUUGAGAUGCGUCCAAAAUGCACUGCUUGCAAGUUUCAUCAAGAUGCUGUCUCAUUCUGCAGAACGUGUAAUAACUACAUGUGCACUAAUUGCGACUUCGGCCAUAAGCACCUGACAUCAUUCUUUGAAGGUCACGAGAUUGUGUCCUUACAGGAUAUCAUCGACGGGAAGGUCAGCAUUGGUCACCUAUCUGAGAAGUGCUGCAUCCACAAACAAGAGAACAGAGAUAUGUUUUGUGAGGAUUGUAAGGUCCACGUCUGUCUCAAGUGCGUGAUAGUCGGCCACCAACAUCACAACAUCAAGAAUCAGACUGACUUCGAGCAAGAGUUACGGCUAAAGGUGAACGACCUUGUCCAGCGAUGUGCCGCGAAGAAGAUAGAACUGGAGAAGAACAUUCAGAAUGUUGAAGUACAACGCCAAGAAGUAUACACUGCCGUGCAGAAACUACUGGAUGAUGUCAGUCAAGCCUACAGCAUCAAGGCCAAAGAGCUUGAAGAAAAUAAUCGAAAUCUCAUCGAGCAAAUCAAUGUAGUAAAGCAGAGUUUCGAUGACGACCUCAACGUCUUGAAAUCCAACGAUCGACAGAGGAUCAAGAGUAUUUAUAGUUCAAUAACACUGGUAUCUAAUGACAGACUGGGCCGUCUUGAGACAGACAGUCUGUCUGCUCAUACCUUGCUCUGUGAUGAGCUGGACGCCAUGCUGAAGGAGGCUACUGAUUACACUUCUGCGGCAGCCAUUACGAAGAAAGCACAGGAGAAGAGGUUCAAGCCUGCAGAUGAUACUCAUCUUGAGCUCGGGAGAAUCUCAGAAUCAGAUCCCAAGUUGAAAGUAAUUCAGUGUGUACAUGUUCGGGGACGGAUAUCGAAUAUGACCCCGUACUCUGUGAACAGUGUAGCUAUUAUAUAUUGUAGUCCUGAAUGCGGUAUAGAUAUAAUUGAUUCAGCUGGUAAAAAGGAGAAGUAUGCAAACAUACCAAGUAACAUGCAGUGUAAUGAUCGUGUGUUUCAACAUGACAGAUCGUCAUGCGGCAUAGCGCAGGCUUGGCUUGUGCAGGGUAGGACAGACGAAGUCACAUUUUCUUCCUAUGGAUCUAGGAAAUCAACCCUCGACGUAAAAGACAAUAUUAUUAUCAUAGUCAACAGAAGUCCAUCUGAUGAAAUCCUUAUUGAUCACCAAAACAAGAUAGUCGAUAUCAUUGACCCGACGGGAUCCACACCCGAACACACUGUUUCAACAAAACACAACGUGACGAGGCAGGUAUCUGCCACCAGGUCGGGUUUGAUCGUCACGAGUUCAUGUAACACCAAUCCAAGCGUGGUGACGGUCUAUGACAGGGAUGGGAAUGCUGGUAAGUCUCUACGAGCUCCAGACGGUGUCCACCUGUAUGCUGCCGUGGAUGAGCAAGACAGGGUGUAUGUAGCGAGUGUUGAUGUUCCGAAUGGAAACGUGGUGAUCAGGCUCUAUGACCUUGACGGUCUGAACCUGAAGGAGAGAGUUCAGUUUAAUGUACUUAAUAUGAUACUUGGUCAUCAAUGGUGUUACUUGGUUUCCCUCUCGCCAGACAUGCUCGCGUUCGCUUGUCAUAAGAAUGUAUAUUUUAUCAAAGUAUCACGGUAAUCCAUCUCAUACUCUAUAUAACCAUUAUUUCUGGUGUUUAUACCUCUCUGGUAAGGCUAUACUCUAAAAUGGGCCUAUAAUGUGUCAUAUUCCUUUGUUUGUUAUGUGAUAACUAACCGAAUGAGAAGAUGCCUAUUCUAUCGAUAGAUUUUAAUUGCCUGAAUACCGUGGUCAUUAUCUUAUAUAUUUAUAACUUCACUCUCUCGAAAUAGUAUGUAAAUUGUGAAAUCAUUUAUCCUAGAUGUUUACUGAAAGCCAGUGAUAUGAUCUUAAAAAGUACAACUUGAAAAUUGGUAAUAAAUUGAUUAACUCCGUAUUAGUGUUUUUUCCCUUAUGUUUUUAUCCUCAAACAUUUGUUUUAACUGUUGUGCUCAUAUUUCUUGAGUUUAAUGGUGAUUAUUUUGUUUCUUUAAAUUAAUUAAUACUGACAUUGUACAUAUGACCCCAUUGUAAAUAAGCUUUUAAGCUUUCACAGGUUAUCCUGUCAUGUUAUUGGUAUCAUUAUUUUGUUUUCAUUUUAGAAUACCAUUUUACUUUUUCGUAUGGAUGUUACAUUGAACUUGCCCAAUACAUCAAAUCUAUUUUGGUUUAAAGAUAAAGGUGAGUUCUGGUCAUCCGAUUGCAUUGUGA